CAUCCUUCCAUCCUCUCCUCCUCGCCUGCUACUUCCACCUCCCCUUCCUUCCAAGGGGUUUCCUUUGGACCAUCAGUAGGUUGGCUAGCAGGCUAUCAUGCUUAGAGAUGCUGCGGUGACUGGCCUCCUUGGAAUAUAGUGAGCUCCCCAUAGCUGCAAAUCUAUAUGGGCGGGUGACUGAGCGGCUGCUCCUGAAAGUAGCGAGCUUCCGUUACUGCAGUUUGGGAUGGGAAGGAGGGCAGGCAGGAGGAUGGGGCAGCUGACCCCCUGCCUGGGAAGUUGUGAGCUCCCUGACCCUGCAGCUGCUUCCCCCGGUGAGAGCAAGCAGCGGAGGACGGGCCUGGACGGCUACUCGAAAGGUAGUGAGCUCCCUGUCUCUGCAGCAACCUAGCAUGGGAGUCUGGGAAGCUGCUCCAGAAGUAGUGAGUUCGCUGUCGCUGCGGGCUGCGCCUCCGCCUGGGGCUGCAAGGAUCCUCUCAACCUGCGCUCUCCAGCCAUCUCCUUCUCUUGCUUCGGGGCUAGAGGAUCCUCUGCUCGGCGCUCGCUUAGUUAGGGCUGGUCCUCUCUCCUGGCCCCGCCUCCAGCUGAUCGAUGUGGGCGGAUCCGGGCUCUCUGCGCAAGCGCAGUAGCCGCGUGGUCGCCAUUGGGCUGUCAGUCUGGCGUGCGACUGGAGGCAGAGGCGGAGGUUGGAAACAUGGAGUUCCAAGCGGUGGUGAUGGCUGUGGGAGGAGGGUCCCGGAUGACAGACUUGACUUCCAGUGUUCCCAAGCCCCUGCUUCCUGUCGGCAAUAAACCUUUGAUCUGGUACCCGCUGAACCUGCUGGAGAGCGUCGGAUUUGAAGAAGUAAUCGUGGUGACGUCCAAAGACGUGCAGAAGUGUUUGCCCUACACGGAUUUCAAGAUGAAGCUCGAUGUGGUGUGUAUCACGGAUGAGACCGACAUGGGGACAGCUGACUCCCUACGACACAUUUCUCAGAAAAUUAAGACAGAUGUGUUGGUGCUGAGCUGCGAUCUGAUAACGGACGUUGCGCUCCACGAGGUUGUGGAUCUGUUCCGUGCACACGAUGCUUCCCUUUCGAUGUUGAUGAAAAAAGGCCAAGAGUCUGCGGAACCGGUCCCAGGACAGAAAGGGAAGAACAAAACAGUGGAGCAGCGGGACUUCAUUGGUGUGGACGGCACAGGAAAGAGGCUGCUCUUCAUGGCCAACGAGGCCGACUUGGAUGAAGAACUCGUCAUCAAGGCAUCGACCCUGCAGAGGUAUCCUAGGAUCCAUUUCCAAACAGGUCUUGUGGAUGCCCAUCUCUACUGCCUGAAGAAGUACGUUGUAGAUUUUCUGGUUGAAAACAGGUCAAUCACAUCCAUCCGGAGUGAGCUGAUUCCAUACUUAGUUAGGAAACAGUUCUCUGUGCCUUCAUCGCUGCAGGGAUGCAUUGAAAAAGAGCAGACCCCAGAAAAGAAGGACCAGAAGUCCAUAGAUAUUCACAGCUUCCUAAAGGACAAUGACCUGCUGGCUGUGGAGCCCCACAAUAUCUAUCGGAAGGACUGUCAGGGUCCUCGAGGCCAAGUCAGCUGCUACGUCCAUGUCAUGAAAGAGGGGGUCUGCUCUCGAGUGAACACCCUGGGGCUCUACAUCGAAGCCAACAAGCAGAUCCCCAAAUUGCUGCCUGUUCUCUGCCCUGAGGAAGCCUUGCUUCACCCGUCUGCACAGAUCUCUGACCAGGCCCUGGUCGGACCUGACAGCAUCAUUGGACCAUCUGUGCAAGUGGGUGAGAAGACCUCCAUUAAACACUCCAUCAUUGGGUCCAGCUGCCUCAUAAGAGACAGAGCAAAAAUCACCAACUCUCUGCUCAUGAACUCUGUCACCAUUGAGGAAGGGUGCAGCAUCCAGGGCAGUGUGAUCUGUAACAAUGCUGUCAUCGAGAAAGGUGCAGAUGUCAAGGAUUGCCUCAUUGGGAGUGGUCAGCGGAUAGAAGCCAAAGCCAAGAGAGUGAACGAGGUGAUCGUGGGGAGUGACCAGCUCAUGGAGAUCUGAGGUUGCCAGUGUCUGCAUCCCAGGACUGGGCAGAGGCCCGACCUUUGCCAACCACAACUACUUUCCUGUCUGGCAGUCUGUAUUGCUCUCCCAAUAAAGACAUGUCUCCAGUGGA